UGGUAUCCAGUUCUAAUGUAACUUCGGGUGUUAGUGUUUCAAGUUAGUUUGUUGUUCCUCUAAUUUUGUUACUCGAAUUUACUAAUUGUGUUGUUUUCUGUGUUUCUCUUUAAUUGUCAUCAUCUAAUCACUACCUUUAACCACAAUCGUUAAUUUUGUCGUUUUAUUGAUCAUCAUCAUCAUCAUCACUUUAGAGUAAUUAGUUAAUUGUUUUCAUCUCCAUGUGCUCAUGUGUUACAAUCAACUUAUUGGUGUGUUUGUGUUUCAAGUGUCAACCAUUGGACUAAAUCCAUGAAUUUGAUUAUUAGUUUUAAUUUAAAUUCUUAUCAACAAUUUAACUUGGACAAUUAACUUUAUAUAUAUACGUUAUUGGUUCAGCAAACAAUUAAGUGGAACCAAAAAAAAAAGUUUUGUUUAAUUUACUACAAUUAAAUUUAUAUAUAGUAAUUUAUAUAAUAUAAAUUGUCACAAUGUCUCAACUAAUCAUAUCAUUGUUAAUGGUCCUGACAAUUGGGACAACUGUAACUUUGUCGAUUAAAAUUGAAUGUGGUAACUCAAUUGACGCUGCUUUUUGGGCCCACGAUUUAAAUAAACCAAAUAUGGUCAACGUUUUCAGUGGACCCAAUUUCUACGUUUGGAAUAUAUCAAACAAUACCAUAGAGUCCAAGCAUCCCACCAACGAGACAUGGACCAAUUUACCUGCAAACGUUGAUGCCGCUUGUUCAUUUUACUUUCAUAGCUCAUUGUUUCACAUUUUCCUCAAGGGUGAUCACUAUUGGUUAUACAGGAAUUACGAACUAAGAUCAACUGAUACACUUCUUAAAUUAUUCAGUGAGGCCGUUCCAAGGGAGCCCGAUUGUUUUACUUGUGAUGUUUUAGAUAAUGAUUUUAUUGGAUUUACGACUAUUGGACGUAAUUCCCUUGGUUCUAGAGCGUGUAAAGCUUCAUUUGAUGGUACUCGUUUCGUUGAACGCGAAUGUACAUUCAAAACCGAAGGUACCGAUGACAAUUUCAAGGUAGCCUACAAGAAGGCCGGUUAUUGUAAGGCUUUGGCCACAAAUUUCAACCCAACGGGUCGGGAUUACAUUUAUUUUGGAAGUGAAAAAGUCGCAAUUGGCAUGAAAAUGGAUGUACGAAUCGAGUCACUGGAGGCUUUGGUUGAUUGUAAGAAUCUAUUAUCUGCAAUUUCUGAUCCAACGAUCAUGGGGAUUAUCGCCUUAAUCAGUUUAAUCGUAUUACUUAUAUGUAUCGUUUGUGUAGCUUGUGUAUGUAAACAUUGUGGUAAAAAAUAUGAGACAGAUUCUGAGGGCGAUUUCACCGAGAAACCGGCGACCGCGCCGUCAAUAGCGGCCGCCGCUGAAUCCAAUGAAACAUAACAGGAAAAUGAAAGUUUAACAAGAACAAAGUUUAAUUAUCAUCAAAUUUAUCAUCACCAUUAAAACCUCAACUUUAAUUGAUAAAAUAACGAACCAAUCUGAUUCUAAUUCGUAUCCAAUCAAAUUGUCGUCCAUCCAUCAAACUUUCAAUAUAUUAAAUUCAACUGAUUGAAAUCUCAUCAUCAUCCAUGACUCAUUCUCCAUCUUCAUCUUCAUCUUCAUCUCCAUCUUCAUCCCCAUUGCCAUUGCUACUUCAUCUGGAUCAUCAUUCAUUCAAUUAUCAUCAUCAUCAUCAUCACCAUCAGCAUCCGCAUCACCAUCACCAUCAUCAUGAUCAUCAUCUUGUCUUCAUCAAUUGUCAUCAUAAACUUUUUUUAUUUAAAUUACCAUUGAUAUAAAUUCACUGAAAUCCUAAAAAAGACUUUGUUUUGUGUUUUUUAAUUACAAGAAAAUGAGUACGUGAUUAAUUAGUGUAAUCAAUUAAUUAAAUAACUUAAAUUGAUUUAGGUUGUUGUUUUUCAAAUAAAGUAAUUGCGACAACUGAGUACUCUUGCUGAUGACAAUGAUUAAAUUGGAUAACAAACAAAUUGUCUUGAGUUUAAGUGAUUAAGCAAAGAUUAUCUUUCUUUGUAUUAAUUACAAUCUCAUGUCAUCCACCGAGAUUUGAUUACAAUUAGUUGCUCGGGAAAAUUGAUCAUAGUAAUCAAAAGUCAACUUGUAAUCAAGUGCUUUUUGUGAGGUAAUUAAAUAUUUAGAUUUUAAUAAAUGCUAAAUGUAUCAAUCAAAA